GAGCCUGAGGAAUCAUUCCACGUACGGAGUACUUACGCCCAGCUGGACAUGUCCGGCGUAAAGGGAGACGGCCUCGACGAAGGCAUAGAGAGGACGCGAGCUAGGAUAGGAAGGAACCGCGCUAGCGAGCUGAGGGCGGAGGCGGCCAUCGAUGACGGCAGCGAGAAGAAACGGGACCUGACAGAGCAGGAGCUGGCAUUACUAUCGAGCCUCGAUAGAUAUGGAUUCUUUAUCACGCCCUCGCAUGAUCGACUUAUCAGCCUUCCUACGGCGCCUCUCCUGAAAUCUCUAUCCAAAAUCGGAGUACCAGUGACCACUGCUCCCGCAUCCGCCACGUCUCUCUCUGCCGUCCCUCCAGCGAGACCGCCGGUCAAAGAGCAACCACGGAUCGAGAAAUGGCAUCGCAUGAUGGUUCCUGUGCUCCGUGACCAGGGCGGUAACGUCGAAUACUGGUCCGUGAAGUCGAGCAAGGAGUCCAAGCUCCGAGAGCGGACGUACAAGGGCAUACCGGACCGUUGGCGAGCCGCGGCUUGGGAACUGCUCAUUGGGCGGUAUGCCAAGUCAAGCAAGCAGGACAUGAUGGCCCUUGCUAGGGACUACAGGGAGGGUAUCGACCGGCCGUCGACAUACGACGUACAGAUUGACCUGGAUGUUCCGAGGACAAUCAGUGGUCAUGUCAUGUUUCGUACGCGUUACGGUUCUGGACAGCGUUCUCUUUUUCAUGUCUUGCACUCCUUCUCCUUACGCUGCCAGGAAUGCGGGUAUUGUCAGGGCAUGGGUCCCAUAGCAGCAACACUACUGUGCUACUUCGACGCGGAACGUGUUUACGCGUCGCUUGUGCGAUUACACGACGCAUACGCCAUGCACUCAACAUUCGCUCCUGGAUUUCCUGGAUUACUGGAGGCUAUUUAUAUUCAGGAACGUAUGAUGCAACAAACGAUGCCUGGAGUAUACGAAGCAUUCAAGCGGCAUAUGGUGUCAACUACCAGUUACGCGACCAAGUGGUACAUCACGCUAUUCUCCAAUUCUGUCCCGUUUCAAAUGCAGUUGCGUUUGUGGGAUGUAUUUCUUCUGGAGGGGCCUGAUCUUUUCAUCGUCAUGGCUGUCGCGAUUGUCUGGGUAUACCGAGAUCACAUAACGUCGAGUGCUGCAAAUUUCGAGACCGUGCUCUCCUUGCUGUCGUCCUUCUUCGUGCCAGAGGAUGAAGAUGCACUGUUGGCAUGGAUAGAGAAGGUCCUGGGUAACAAACGCAUUCGCUCCGACAUGCUGUCAUGGCGCCACGAGUGGCGAGCUUUAGUGGCUGCAGGCAAAGAAAGUGAUGCGCUCUUAUAGCAUCAUUGGAGUGUAGAGCUUUCAAGGCAUGAUUUUCUCCUGGUAGGAUGUUUUGGCACUAUUAUCGUUUAUUCAUACCCUCACUACUCGUAGUGCUCCUAAUUGAUCACUUGCAUUGGCUGUCAUUUACCAUCCAUCUGUACCUAUAGCACCAUUAUUGGUUUACGUCC